AUGUUCCCGGAUAUCAAGGCCCUCGUCCUCGCUGGUCUUGCAGCCCUCGUAGCCACCCACGCGGCUGCCAUCCAGAGCAAGAAGCCAAACAUCAUCGUCAUCCUCACCGACGACCAAGAUACGAGUACUCUCAACAAGCGUGAAUACCUGCCAAAAAUUAACGAACAUCUCGUCGACCAAGGCGUCCUUUACGACAACUUUUUCGCCCCCGUCAGCGUCUGCUGUCCCAGCCGAGUCUCUCUUCUGCGAGCUCAGUACGCUCACAACCACAAUGUCACUUUCGUCACCAAGCCGUGGGGCGGAUGGGAGAUUUUCAACAAUCUUGGCUAUCAUGGACAUACUGUACCCGACUUUGUGCAAGCUUCUGGCUACAACACAUACUAUACCGGCAAGUUCAUGAAUGACCACACCGAUAAGAACUGUGAAUCUUUGCCUGUUUCGGGUUUCAACUCUUCAGACAUCUUGACGGCGGCUGACCUCUGCCCAGAUCCUUACACCUACGACUACUGGACACCUGCCUUUUCUCGCGACAACGGCCCGGCAAAGGUCCACGACGGUGAAUAUUCAACUUCUCUCGUCCACGAGAAAGCCCUCGCCUACAUCGACGACGGCCUCAAAGACGACCGUCCCUUUUUCCUCACCAUCGCGCCCUAUACAGGGCUCUCGCACACGCACAAGCUCGACAACAUCUCCGACGGUCGCAUCGUCGCUGAUAUCCCCCCCGGCCAUCCCAGACACGCUGCCAAGUUCCCCGUCGAGACUAUCGAACGCCGGGAGAAUUGGAACCCCGAUUUCCCCACCGGCGUCUCAUGGGUGAAACACCUCGACAAGCUCAACGCGACACACGAGAAUUACUUGGACGACUUCUUCAGGGGCAGGUUGAGAGCUUUGCAGUCGGUGGAUGAGAUCGUAGAUGAUGUGGUGCACAAGCUCGAGGCUGCUGGGGAGCUGGACAACACUUAUAUAUUUUACACCGCUGACAAUGGCUAUGCCCUCGGAUCCCAUCGCCGCCAACCAGGCAAAACUCUUGGCUUCGAAGAAGACAUCCACGUCCCCCUCAUCGCCCGCGGUCCCAACAUCCCCUCUGGUUACCGCGACACUCUUUCUUCUUACGGUACCGUCGACCUCGCCCGCACCAUCCUCGACAUUGCCGGUGCGAAGACCGACUAUGAAGAUGACGGCCGAAAGAUCAACUUGCAUCAGAAGGGAGAGGAGAGGGUGGAACAGAGGGUUGCUAGGCAUGCUAUUAGCGAGUAUUGGGUGUUGGCGGUGGAUGAGGGAGUGUUUGGAGGGCAUGCCCGGGAGAACAACAGCACGUCGUCUUCUCCUUUCUUCUCAUACCGAACACUCCGAGUCCAUGACGAUACAAACGACAACCCCUUCUCCUACUCUUACUCUGUCUGGUGUACCGGCGAACGCGAGCUGUACGACCUCGUGGAAGACCCUUCUCAAGUCCGCAACCUCCUCGCACCAUUGAACGACAUCGCCCCUUUCGCGCCAUUCGACUCUCUCACCUCCUCCGGUAACCCAGUCUUGCACCACACUUUACAAAAGCUGUUGAACCGCCUCGACGCCCUCCUCCUCGUGCUCAAACGCUGUUCCGGCGAGACGUGCCACAACCCUUACGCAUCCCUCUUCCCCCCUGCUUCGCACCACCAAACAGGCGGAGAAGUAUGGAGAUUUGAGCAAGCGCUGGAAGAGAAAUAUGACGAGUACUUUGAGGGGCUGGUGAAAGUGAGAUUUAGCAAGUGUGCGUUGGGAUUCCAGGAGGAGGUGGAGAAGCCGGAUUGGAGGAAGGAGUGGGCUUUUGGCGCUACGGCUGGGGCUGUUGGGGGGAGUGGGAUGGGGAAUGAGGUGUUCGGAGAUGGGCUCGUCUUUCAGGGACUUUGA